AUCAGCUGCCCUCGCUUUGUAAUUCGCACUGAGGCAGACGAACACACAGUGUGCAGAGGCUUCACAUUUUGCUCCAGAGUUUUCUUCGGCCCAUCGACUUCCCUGCUUUUUCAAGCUACGUGCUUUCCCAGACCCAGUACAACAAUGGACUUCGAAGAAGAAGUGGAUCCUAGUGGGUACACCAAAAAAGCGACGUGCUCCGAUCUACAAGAGGGCAAAUACGUGAUGCUGAAAAACCGUCCCUGCAAGAUCGUGAAAAAGACCACUGCUGACGCUGGGAAGCACGGCCCAGGCAAGGUUCACCUGGAAGGGAUCGACAUCUUCAAAGGUGAUCAGUACGAGGAUUGGUUCCAACCUUCCAUACAGAUAGAUGUUCCAAUUAUCAGCAAAGUAGAAUACGAGUUAGCCGACAGUAGUGAUGGCUUCAUGGCCUUGAUCCUGGACGAUGGAAGUCUACUCCAAACUGUCAAACAUCCUGACGGUGAUUUGGGCGAGGAGAUCUCGACCUUUGUCGAGCGGCAGUAUGAUGAGACAUACUCGGAUCAUGGAAAGACGGGUCAUGUCACCCUUUUGAAGUCUUGUGGUGAACAAAAGGCCAUCGGUUUCCGAACUAAAUCCUGAAGAACCUCUUAAAGCGAAGACUAACGGCUUGUGGUGAGCUGAUGAUGAAAUGGCACGAAAGUGACGAAAGGCACGAUUGGUGAAAACGACUUGUUCAAUUAUAUUAAGAAACACAUGAGAUGCAAAAUGCACUUUUAAAAAACACCACUGUAGUUCCAGAACAUGCUGCUAGGGGGCCCAAACCUACAUAACUUAUUGCUGAGCACAAGAGAUAUCUAUUCUGCCAUCUCCAAACUAUCAUGUCCAGAUCACGACAUAUCAAAACUACAGUACCAUACCAAGUCACUAGGGGUCCAAAAUGUAAUUUUUUUUUAAUGGUUUAUUUGGUUCAUAUACAUGUAGAUUCCACUUUGCAGCCACUGCUGAAGUACCUGGACUGUUUACAUUGUGUCUAACUACUACAUCAUAACAGUAGUAAAAUGGUAGUAAAAUAGUAUGAUAAAAAUGGCGGGUAGGUGACGAAAUAGGUUUAAAA